AUGCGUCUGAUCCGCUCCAGAUUUUGGAUUCUAAAGCUGAAGGUCCUCGUAAAAUCCACCAUCAGUUCUUGCAAGGCUUGUGUGAUCUACAAGAAGAGAUUGCAGACCCAAGUGAUGGGAGACCUGCCCAAGGAAAGGGCGUCCUACUCGAGACCGUUUAGGCACACGAGAGUUGACUUCGCUUGCCAAUUCGAAGUCAAAAACUACAUUGGCCGAGCCUGCCUCGUCACCAAGGGAUAUGUCUGCAUCUUCGUGGGCUUCAGCACGAAGGCGAUCCACUUGGACGCGACGUCGGAUCUCACGACUAAGAAAUUCCUGGCCACAUUUUCCAAUUUUAUAGCACGACGCGGGUGCUCACAGAAAAUGCACUCGGACAACGGUAAGACUUUCGUUGGAAUUGACAAGGUGAUCUCCACUGACUUCUUGGAAGCGACGAGGGAGUGCAUCAUCGCAAAGCAUGGUCACCAAAGCAUAUCCUGGCACUUCAAUCCGCCGGGCGCCCCACAUAUGGGUAGAAUUUUGGAAGCCGGCGUAAAGAGUUUUAAGGCUCUUUUUUACAAGACUACCUCCAAUACAAAAUAUACUAUUGAAGAGUUAUCCACUCUUUUGUCUAAGAUCGAAGCCUGCCUUAAUUCGAGCCUGAUCUCUCCGUUGUCUGAAAACCCUACGGACCUGAUAGCCUUGACUUCUGCCCAUUUCCAUAGGUGA